AUGGCAGCCUGUGGACGCGAGCCAGCGGCCCUGUCGGAUCAGGCAGGUUCUGACACCCCACUUCCCUUCACCACGCGCGCUUCCACGCGCUCUAUCGCUACGGCCGGCUCAGAACUUUCUGCGUCGCUGUUCAAGGCGCCGCCCUCGGCUCUUAAGCAGCGACCUGCUCUCACCUCCGGUCCGACUGUGCCGGGCUCCAUCACAGCUCCAGUCACCUCCUCCAACCCCGUCACGUCCACGACCACUACCUCCUCCUCCUCGCGCAAGCCUGCAAAGUCCCGCAAGGCAAUCACUUCAGCUCCCAAGACUCGACCUGCUUUCGUCCUCAAACUAUGGACAAUGGUAAACGAUCCUGUCAAUGCGGCCCACAUCUCCUGGAUGCCCGACGGCACCAGCUUCCAGGUCGUUGGCCGUGAGCAGUUCGAGCGUACAGUCCUACCCAGAUACUUCAAGCAUUCAAAUUUCUCCUCCUUUGUCCGUCAGCUCAACAUGUACGGCUGGCACAAGGUCCAGGACGUGACCGCCGGCGCUAUGCACUCGGGCGAGGAAACCUGGCAGUUCCAUUCUCCCAACUUCAUCCGCGGCAGAGAAGACCUGCUCGACAACAUUGUUCGUAACAGGGGGUCCAAGGGUUCCGAGGACGAGGACGAGCCCGAUUUGCACCAGCUACUUGAGGAGGUCGAAAUCAUUCGGCAAUCUCAGCAAGCAGUAGCCGAGCAGCUCAAGCAGAUUAAGCAAGACAACGAGCUUUUGUGGCGGGAGUCCUACCAGACUCGCGAGCGACACCAGUCGUUUUCCGAGACCCUUGAGAAGAUUCUUCGGUUUUUGGCUUCCGUCUACGGCAAUCCUUCAAAGAUCCUUGGCGACAGCGCUGCAAGCACUACCACCAUCGUCCCGGUCGGCAGUCCCGUGCCUUCAAACCGAAAUCGUCUGAUGCUCCGCGACGUCGCCGAACCUCACAUCCUCGAACUCUCUGCGGAUUCUCCCACCGUUUCCAAGAGCCCGAUGCAGAGCUCGACGCCGUUUGUCACUCCCGCCCCCAGCACCUCGCAAUCCUCCACCUCUGUCCCUUACAACGCCCCUACUCCCAACUCUGCGCGCACAAUGAUUGAGCAGUCUGAUUUUCUUGAUAUGAUUCCUAUGGAAAACCGAACUCCUGCCACGGGCGCGAACGGCCGCUCGUUCUUCCCUGACUUGCUUGCCUCGACCCCUAUCUCUGGACCUGCUAUGUCUCCUGCUCUCUCUGCCAUCUCGGACGGCGCCCGGCAACUCGUCAACAAUCUCGGCCCUCGAUCCCCACCCGUCAGUAUGUCAAAAAUCGUCAACAAUUCCAACUCUCUCGACGACCUGCAGACCGAGCUUGAUCUGCAAGGCCAGUCGCUCGAUCAAGUGCAAGAGUGGAUCUCAAAGAACCUAUCGACCUACGACAACAACAACGGAAUAUCUCAGAGCAGCCCCGACGACUCGCCUAUUGGAUCCAACAGCACUUCGAACGAACCCACUCCGUCUAUGCAACAUUUGGAAGAACUUCCUGCCCCGGUCGGCAUCGCCAACGGCGGAGGCUUCGACGUCGGUGAUUUCUUGGCCAGCCCGGGUCCUACUUCAUUCUACAACGACGACGAUCUCGCCGCGCAGUAUCCAGACGACUUGAUGAAGCCCGAUCUCGCUACUGUCCAUGAACUUCCCGCCGAAGACGGAGUGCAGGCGAAACGGCGCCGGCUUUCUCGUCGGAGGUAGACGGAUGUGAUAUGCAAUGAAUUGGUGGUAUAGAGGAAAUUAUUACUUUUGCGGCGUUUAUGUGACAGGAAAUCGAUGAAAGAUGGCUCGGACAAAACCAAUCUCAUACUCUUUGUAAUAUGCUUUUUUUAUUCUAUUGAUAAUAACUACUAGUAAUGGACGGAAUAAUUGGCAAUUAAUGUAGAUUUAAUAGAUAAGAGCGCAGUUUCCAAAUAGAUUAGCUAGUCCCGAUCG